CUUUUUUUCCAGACGGGCUCGGGCAAAACCUACACCAUGGGCAGCGGGUGGGAGGGCGAGGGGGAGGGGGACGAGGACCGGCGCGGCAUCAUCCCGCGCGCCAUCCGGGACCUGUUCGCCGGAGCCGAGGCGCGCGCCGACCAGGCCAGGGAGCAGGGCCUGCUGCCGCCAGAGUUCUGUGUGCAGGCGCAGUUCAUAGAGCUUUAUAAUGAGGAUAUCGUGGAUCUGCUGGACCCGGCCAGGGAUGCGUUUGCUAAGGGCGGCCUCAAGAUCACAGAAGACGGGUGCGGCGGCGUGCGCAUAGUGGGCGCGUCUGUGCGCUCCGUGCGAUGCGCGCGCGAAGCAUUAGGAGCCUUGCGUGCCGGCGCGCUGGCCCGAACUACUGCUGCCACCAACAUGAACUCGUCCUCCUCCAGAUCACACGCAGUGUUCACACUGCUGCUGCGGCAGCGGCGGCUGGCGGGCGACGCCGAGGACAAGGACGAGGGGCCCGAGCAGUACGAGACGCUCACCGCCAAGUUCCACUUCGUCGACCUGGCCGGUUCGGAGCGGUUGAAGAGGACAGGUGCAACCGGUGAACGGGCUCGCGAGGGUAUAUCAAUAAACUGCGGUCUACUAGCACUCGGCAAUGUCAUAUCGGCUUUAGGAGACAAAUCAAGAAAAGUAUUACACGUACCGUACAGAGAUUCAAAGCUCACUAGGCUACUACAGGACUCACUAGGAGGCAACAGCAACACGGUGAUGAUAGCGUGCAUCUCGCCCAGCGACCGCGACUUCAUGGAGACUCUGAAUACGUUGAAGUACGCCAACCGAGCACGGAACAUUAAGAACAGGUGCGUCGUGAAUCAAGACCUGACGUCACGCACGAUACACCAGCUGAGACAGGAAGUGGCGAGACUGCAAGUCGAACUCACUGAGUAUAAACAGGGCAAACGCGUAGUAUCAGAAACCGGCGAGGAGGGCUGGAGCGACGUGGUGCAAGAGAACGCCAUCCUCACCGGCGAAGUCGAAGCCCUCAGGCGGAGAGUCAAGGCCAUGCAAGGCACCAUCGAGCAGUUGUCCACUAAGAAUAGUGAACUGUUGGCGGAGAAGGCGCUUAAUGCGUGGGCGCCGAGGGAUGGUGUUGCUGAUGCGUCGGAGUGCUCGUUAACUACUCUGGUCCAAGGCUACGUGCGCGAGAUCGAAGAGUUACGCGCUCAGCUCAUGGAGUCCAACGCACUGUACGAGGCGAGUCGCAAGCGAGAGCAGGUGCGAGCGAGACACGAGUCCAGCCACGACACCGCCUCGCUCAUCGACGACGCCAAGCGCGAGUUGUACAAGGAGAAAGAGCUCCUAGCCCGCAGCAUGGGCGAGCUGGAGUUCUCGCGCAAGAUGGCCGCCGACACAAGUACCGACCUGUCAGCGUCCAUCAUCGGGGAGCGAGAGCGGGCUGAGGGGGAAAGCGCCGACGACUCGGAUGAGGAGCCCGAGAGUGUUAGUGAUGAGGAGGAUGAGGAUGAGAAAGUGCAACAAGAGUUAUCAGCAGAGCUCGCAGCACUAAGCGGCGACAUCGACACAAAACAGCGGCUGAUAGAAGAACUAGAACUGUCACAGAAACGACUCAGCGCGCUCAAGACGCACUAUGAGACUAGGCUGGACACGCUGCACACGCAGAUCAAAGCCACGCAAGAUGAGAGGGAUAAAGUUCUCGCUUCUUACUCGGCGCAAACCUCCCCCGCUCCGGAAAAGCUGAAACGCGUGAAGGAAGAGUACGAGCGGCGCCUCGCGGGCAUGGCGCGGGAGCUGAAGCGGCUGCAGAGCGCCAGCAAGGAACACGCCCGGUUACAGCGGUCGCAACGACACACCGUCACACAGAUACAGACAUUGAGGAACGAGCUGGACCAUAUGAAGAGGGAUAAGGUAAAAUUAGUGCAAAGAAUGAGGGCUGAAUCGAAGAGACACGCGGCUGCAGAGGCUGUAAGAGCUAAAGAGGUGGCGCAACUACGCAAGGAGUCUAGGAAGAACGCUAAUCUAAUCCGCAGCUUAGAAGCAGAAAAGAGAAUGAAGGAACAGGUCCUGCGUCGUAAGCAAGAGGAAGUGUCAUUGUUAAGACGCGGACACCGAGACAAGCUGAGUAGCAAGGCUGCUGGGAGAUUGCACGACCGGCCUCGCAACCACCGCCCCCGCGACGCAUACCGCGAAGUCUGGACUCGCAUAGAGCGCUGGCUGUCCCGAGCAACAGCUGCCAAGUCCAUGCUGGGAGAACUAGAAGCUUCGUUAGAGAGAAAUUUGAUGGAAAGGGAGCGAGUUAGGAAGGACCUGGCGAAUAGUUUCAACCCUGAUCCCGACUUGAAGGACCACUUGAAGUACUUGCACCAGAGUAUUGCGGAUACCCAGCAGCAGAUUAUGCAGUUGGAGGAGGAGAACGAAGAGAACGAGCUCCCGCAGCUGCUGAACGACAUCGACAGCGUGGAGGGCGGCCGGUACGCGCUCGAGCGACUCGCGCAGGUGGCGCUACAACACGGCUACGACGCGGCUAAAUGCCACAAGACACUCACUGAUACGCAGGCGCAACUGAGACAGAUGGAAGAAUCAACAGAGCGAGCGGCGAGCGCUCUCCGGGCGGCGGAAGACCACAACCUGAACGUGUGGGGCGCGCUGCCCCCGCCCAACCUCGCCGCUUUACUGGCCCAUGUGUCCAGUGGGACUUCUACACGAUCUGUGUCGCCGGUUGACAGUUCCCUGAUAGAGCAGCGGCUGGCGCCGGAGGGCACGCGCGAGUCGGUGACGGCGCCCGCCUCGCCCUCCGCCGCGCCCAACGGCUCGCCCUUCCAUAGGAACACCGGUCGCCGCGGCUCGGUGCGUCUGCGCGACCUCGGGGUCUACGGUCGCGAGGACGCGCCGGACCCCAUGACGCAGUCCAUGAUAGAGACCACGCCCGCGCCCGCGCCGCUAUCCCGUGUGCCUAGCGCGCCCGGUAGCCUGAGGGGUCUGAUGCCGCUGGGCAGUACCCUACCGUCCAACCUGCCGUCUCCACUGUCAGCAAGAAGGAUUCCCCCCGAGAGCCCGCGGCCUCUGCGCCGGCAACACAGCAUCGCCAAGCCGGCCUCCUUGGAGGCGGGGUCGCCGCCCGCGUCGCCGGCCGUCGCGCGACGCAACCGCGACGACGACGUGUUCCUGCGACUUGCCGGCGCGACGACGGCUGAUGCCGCGCCGCCUAGAGGCGUUGUGAAGGAGUUUGCUGCUAAGCGUGUGAGCGGCGGCGGCGUGUCGCCGGGCGGCGCGUGGCUGCAGUGCACGCACGUGGCGACGGGCCACGCCGGCGCCGCGCUCUGUCUCGCCGCGUCGCGCCGCGCGCUCUAUAGCGCUGGCGUUGACCGCACAGUCCGCGGCUGGGACAUGUCAGCCGGCGCGGAGGCGUGGCGCGGCUGGUGCGGCGGCGCGGUGGCGGCGCUGGCGGCCGACAGCGACCUGCUGCUGGCCGCUGCCGGCGCCGCUGUCCGCCUGUUCGACACUAGGACGCGGAGCCCGCUCACUACACUAUGGUCAUCAGGCACGACAGGGGCAAACGCGCCGGCGCGCGGCGCGGCGGGCGAGGUGGCGGUCACGGCGCUGGCACUCGCGCCCGGCACGCACAGAUUGUAUACUGCUGCGGGGGAUAAGCUGCGGCUUUGGGAUCUGCGCAUGCUCGAAUGCGUGUCCAAGAUGUGGUCUGGUCACGCGGCGGCGGUGAUGUGCCUGGCGGCGGCGGCGCGCGGGGGCGGGGACCUGCUGUGCACCGGCUCCAAGGACCACUACGUGCGCGCCGCCCACUGCGCGCCCACGCACGGCAGCUGGGACGUGGGCGCGCGGCGCCUGCUAGAGCCUCCACACUACGACGGCGUGCAGGCGCUGGCGCUGUGCGGGGACACCCUGUACAGUGCCAGCCGAGACUCCAGCCUCAAGCGGUGGUCGCUCACUGAUAAUUGCUUGACGCAUGGCGUAAUGAACGCGCACAAAGGCUGGGUGACCGGCGUGGCCUCCAUCGGGGACGACCUGCUGGCGACCUGCGGACGGGACGCCGCCGUGCGCCUGUGGGACGCCCAGCUGCGCCCCGCCGCCCGCGCCGCCGCCGCGCCGCACGCCGCACACGCGCUGGCUAGUCACCCCGACCCGCAGCUCAUGACUAUUUAUACGGCUGGGAACGGCGGCGACGUGCGCGUGUGGCGCGUGGGCAACGAGCGCUGAGCGGCGGGACCGCGGGCUCCUCCCCCGGAUCCCACCCGUCCCGGGGAUCCCACCCCGCCCCGGGACUGUCCGGGGUGGAGGCUACACCCGACGGUCGCGUCCGUUGCUGGCGCAUGCGUCAGCGGUGACAGCCGCCCCCGCCCCCGCCCUCCGCACCGCCCGCCCGCCCCCGCCGCGCCUGGCGGUGACGUCAUCACUCUCUCCACUAUCUGCCACCAGGUGGCGACACUGUUGCUGGCUGCUUGGUUCCUGGGUCUAGUGCUGCGAUGGGUGUUUAGCUAGCGAUUGGUGAUAGCAGUCGUGUGGGUCUGAUAGGUUGGGUAAACUAUGAAAGUGACUGUUUUCUGGUAGCGCCUAUAAUGAAAAUAAUCAUAAAAUAUUUGACAGAAAACGGAAACUUUUUCAGUUUUGUCAACUACAAUAACCGGUACCAUGCGGAGUUGCGCACUGAUUUAUUUAGAGUGAAAUCGGGUGUGGAUUGGUAUUCUUAAAUAUAUAGAUUUACCUCAAAUUCGAAAGUAAAACAGUCCUGCUAAAAUUCCCUACUGAACAUUCUAGAACUUAAGUUAUAUUUUUAAACAUUGGGUCGAUACCUAAUUUAUAAAACAUAACUAUUAGAUAGUAAGUUUAACUACGACUGUACGACUAUAGUGGAAACAGAUGGCCUUAAGCAAAUGAUAAUAAUUUAUUUCGUUCGUCCAAGAGACUAUCAGUUUAUUUGUAUUGCUACCAGCAGUAUUGUAGGUACCCUUAUGUAUAAAGCCAAGGUCCUUAUGCCAAAUAAUUUCGCACAAUAUUUUAUAUACAUCGGUAGAAUCAUAUUAUACAAUGACCAUGAAACUUAGUUAGAAAAAUGCAAGACACAAUUAUAUGCUUUAUUUAUAAGUAGAAAAUCCAAUUCGAUGCCUUUUACAACGUAGUGUAGAGUAGAAAUCAUUUUAUCAAUUAAAUAACUGUGAUGGCCACGAGUAGGUAUAUUUUUAUACAUUCCUGCGUUACGGGUUCUAGAACGAACAAUAUUUUAUCACAAUUUUAAUGAAUAGUCGCCGUAAAUGCAAUUUAAAUUAAAUUUUACUCACCUCUUACCUGUCUGUUUUAAUGUAAAUGUUAACCAAUUAUUUAAUCAAUUUUAAUGUAUGAUAUAUAAAUUUAUCAAUGAAUUUCUUUCUUUUACCUUGAACUUAAUCAGUAUUAUGUAAACUUUUAGAUUUUAAGUUAAUGUGAAGCUUGCGAGGCUAUGAGAUGCUAGGAGCUUGAAAAAAGCAAUACAAAACAUUGUUUCUAAUUGAUACGUAUACUACACGCGAAUUUAGGUGAACGCCUAGCGAACUAGUCAGUAGUGAGUAUAACGCGUUAUAUAAAGUAGGAGGUAAAUUAAUUAUAAAUUACGAAUUGACUGAAACGCGUGUGCACGAUAUGUAUUCUUAUACAUUAUUAUGUAUUUUAUUUGUUUACAUAAUCUGCCUUCUUUAUAUUCUCAUGAUGGUGGGUCGGAAACAUAUCAAGAUAUAACACACAAGCUCCGAUGUUCAUUACUAAUGUGAAUACUAACAUUAGUUAGUAGAUAAACACGUACUUGUGGUUUAUUUUAUUUUAACGAUAAAUUAGGUGCAAAUUGGCUCAAUAUUUAAAUAAAAUCUGAAAUUCUCGCUCUCUAUCUAAUGAAAAAAUAAUUAUACAAUAGUUUUAUGAUUUUAACUAUAAUGUAAUGAUUUUGUUUUCAACAUUGUAUGUCUAAUAAUGAUUAUGGAAAUGAACAAAUUGUAUGGUUUUAUUCAUAUUUAUUAAUUUAAUAUAAACUUAUACCCAUUAUAAA